AUGGCGUCCCGGGGCAGCGCCAUCUGCGUCCCGGCGUGGUGCCCCAAGGCCAUUGCCCCGGUGCGCAAAGAGAGGGGCUCCGAUGAUAAGCUGACGCCCGAGCCUGUCCUGAAGAUCGAGGCCGUCGACGUCGAGGUGGCCUGCAAGAAGCUCGAGAUCAAGGUUCUCGUGCCGAACCCGGCGUUCCUGGCCAUCCACCGCGCCAAGGUCCAGGGCAUCGCCAAGGAGAAGGCCGCCAAGAAGUCCGCCGCGAGGUCCGCCAACGCAGACGGCGACGGCGACGCGGAGGCGGCGGCGGUCGACUGCACCGAGAACAUCGUGGAGCUGACCCGCGCGCAGUUCGCGGAGGAGAAGCUCCCGAACGCGACGAGGAAUCCACGGGAUGAUGGGCCGAGGCACAUCCUCCGUUGA